AUGACAUUGAGGGAAAAAUCAGUUAGGGAGCAUUUGCGAGCAGUAUAUGGAACACUGGCUCUCGGUUUAUUUACAGCUACGCUUGGUGCAAUUCUCCAUAUUUUUACUAAAUUUUUUGAAGGAAGUUUAUUCAUCUUCUUUCUGCCGAUUCUCUUCAUGACUAUUUUAUCACGAACUCCUCAUUCACAUGAAAAUGAACGCAAGCGUUUGAUGUAUUUUCUUGGUUUCGCUUUAUUUUCCGGCAUAAGUUCUGGUCCUCUGUUUCAACGAGCUAUGGACGUCGAUCGAUCGAUUAUAAUGACUGCAUUUCUGUCAUCAUCAGUUAUUUUUGGUUGCUUCACCUUGGCUGCUUUGCUUGCUCCAUCAACCAAGUAUCUGUAUUUGGGAGGUACGAUUAGUUCGGCGCUUGUGGCAUUGUUUGUAACUGCUAUCUUUUUUCAUUCUGAGUUUAUGCAUACAGUCUGCUUAUGGGGUGGAUUAGCCAUCAGCUGUGCACUUGUGCUUUACGAUACUCAACUGAUUUGCGAGAAACGUCGGCGAGGUGAUAAUGAUUAUGUGUGGCAUACCAUUGAGCUAUUCAUCGAUUUUCUCAACUUAUUUGAUUAUAUUGUUUCCAUUCUUAAAGAAAAAAAGGUAUCAUUUCCGUAUUUUAAUAUGAUUCAUAAUUCUGCAAAUGAUUUAUAA